CGCCAUCUAACGUCCAAGUUGGUAGUUAAGCGAAUUAGUGUAGUAGUAUAUUUUAAUUAAGAUUCGAAUGUAGCGAAAUAAAAUGUCUCAGAAUCAAGUAUUACUUGGAAUCAAAGAUGCCGAAGUACAAACUGAUAACGAAACCAAUUGGUCAACAAACAAGAUAGGAGGCAAGCCGAAUUGGAUGCCUACCUGUUCCACUUUUCCAAAUAUGAAAUGUAAACUUUGUGGUCAGAAAAUGAUCUUGGUGGUUCAGUUAUAUUGCCCUUUGGGCAAUUCCUUAUAUCAUCGGACAUUAUAUGUAUUUUGUUGCAUUAAUCGAUCAUGCUGGAACAAACAAGAAAGUUGGCAGGUAUAUAGAAAUCAGUUUCCAGUUGUUGAAAAAGAUUGUGAUAAAGUAGAGACCACAGAAAUUCAAAAUCAAUCGUGGCUUUCUGAUGAAUUGGAUUGGGAAGUGGAAGAGGAAUGCAAAGCAUCGAAUGAUAGUGAAGUACUCUAUGUAACUGAAGAAAUUGCAAAUUUGCAAACUGAAGAUAAAAUUAAUUACAAAAAUGUAUCAAUCUGUGAUGAUAUGAACAAGUUAAAUAUAAUUAGAGAAAGAAAAGAUAGCAUGCCAACUGAAUUGAUGCCUGCAGAAUGUGACUUGAAGUUUAAAUCAUAUUAUGUAAAUGUAAUUGAAGAACCAGAUGAUGCUGAAAUGAACAAAGAUGUUCACGUUCAAAGAUUGUUAAGCUCUUAUCAUAUGCAUGAAGGAAGUGAAAUAGUAUCAAUAUUAGAUAGUGGAUGUUCUGGUGUUGAGAAAGAAACAUACGAGAAAGAUUGGGUCAGACAUGGAGAUGAACUGUUUUAUAAAUUUGCUAAGAAAGUAGCAAAAUGUCAAAAUCAAAUUAUUAGAUAUUGUUGGAGCGACCAACCAUUACUAAUUAGCAAAAUGGAUCAUGUGUCAGCUUCUUGUAAACACUGUAAAGGUCCUCUUGUAUUUGAAUUUCAGUUAAUGCCAGCUCUAGUGGAAAUGCUGAAAAUUCAAGAGUUUAAUGGUACAGCUGUGGAAUUUGGUACAGUCAUAGUUAUGACUUGUCAGCAGAGUUGUUGGAAUGAUGACACUAGUUUCUGCACUGAACUUGUCUAUGUACAGAGUGAUCCAGAUGAAUCUUUAUUUUUAAACAGAAAUAGUUUGGAUGUAAUUAAAUAAUUUAUACAUAUUUUCAUUUUAAAGUUUAUUUAUAAUAUAGAAAUAUUGAUUAAAAAAAAUUGUG